UCGGAAUCCAGAAUUUUUUUCAAAUGUGUUUACUUUUUUUCCAAUCGUUUCUCAUCGCGAUUUAAUUAAUUAGUUCAAUAGAAUUUAUUUUUAAUUAUUUUCUUAAUUUGUCUAAUUAGUUGUGUAGUUUCUGCUUCGUUAGUUGACUCGAUUUGAUUUACAAUGAAUAUUCGCUGUGCUAAACCCGAAGAUCUAAUAAAUAUGCAACAUUGUAAUUUGCUUUGUUUACCAGAAAAUUACCAAAUGAAAUAUUACUUUUACCAUGGAUUAUCUUGGCCUCAAUUGUCCUAUGUUGCCGAAGAUGAAAGUGGUAAAAUUGUUGGUUAUGUUUUAGCCAAAAUGGAGGAAGACUCGGAAGAUGAUCCACAUGGUCAUAUCACUUCAUUAGCUGUUAAAAGGUCCCACCGGCGUUUAGGAUUGGCUCAGAAGCUAAUGAAUCAAUCAUCUCGAGCUAUGGUUGAAUGUUUCAAUGCUAAAUAUGUUUCUCUGCAUGUGAGGAAAAGUAACCGAGCUGCUUUACAUUUAUAUGCUAAUACUUUAGGAUUUGUGAUCCAUGAAACUGAGCCUAAAUACUAUGCCGAUGGGGAAGAUGCCUAUGCCAUGAGAAGAGAUUUGGCCUCAUUUGCUAAACCAGAAUCAACCAAAUCAAGCUGAAUAUCUGCAAAUUAUUUGCCAUUUUUUAUUUCUCUUCUUAAUUUCCUUUUAAGGCCAAACGUGUUAACAAGAUGAAGCCAUAAUUCACAAUAUCGGUAUUUUUUGGAUCUCAAGGAGAGUUGAAACAACAACAAAAAUCAAAUUCUUAAUUCGAAACAGAAUUUUCUUGAACAAACAAUGGUAUCUCUCUCUCUCUCCCCUAGAGUUCAGUAAAUACGGAAACGAAUUGGAUUCAGUGUACAUACAAUUAAACCUCCACUACGAAAAGAGAGUAACAAGCAAUCAACCUAAAAAUAUUCAAUUGGCGUUUACGAAAAAAAAAGAGAAAAUCAAGUGAACCAUAAUUACCUAAUUAGCUGAUUUUAAACCUUAAACCUUACUUGUCAACCUUCAAGCAAUUAACCAUGAUAAUCCAUAUGAACCAAACCAAUCAACAAUCAAAAGGUUCAAUGAACACAGUUGAUCUAUGGUUGAGAAAAGGAGGAGAAAGAAGGAGAGAAAGGGCUUUAAUCAAACUAUCGCUCUAAUUGUCAAGGUUAAUUAAUCACAAUUCCAAGGGAAUCAAAAGUGUAUUGGACAGAAAAACAAGGAGAGAAAUCAAACAAUUGUGUAAAUUGAAACAAUUUACAACAACAAAAAAAAGUAAUCAAAUCAAAUCUAGUGUGUAAAAGGAUAUCGUUUUUUUCACCAAUAUUUAUAUCAAUUUGAAAUCCAAUCGACUAAUUUACUAAUUGUGAUUAGUAUCAAUAUUUAUAUUGUUGAAAGUCUCCCCUAUUUUUAAACAAACUUCCUGUCAGAAUCCAUGAUCAGAUUUACCUCGACAAAAUGAGUAAAUUAAUUGAGGACAAUUAACUCUUGUCAACAUCUUACCAAAAGCCUUAAAUUGACAAUUAACUUUUCUCUCUCUCUCUCAUGUCAACUGAUUAAAAUUUUGUUUUUCUUGAA